AAGUAGGCAACAUUGCUUUUUUUUAUUUACAUUAUUUAGAAAAGAUCUGUGAAGCACUGGGUUUGCGCUGGAGAUUUUCAAUUAAAAUACCUAUAAUUAAAAAUUAUCAAAGUGUUAUAAUUUUGUAGGUAUUAUCUUUAUCUUUGAACAGUCUGUUAUCAUGUGCAGAUAACAUAUUUUUGGUCCAGUAUAGUUUGCUUUAUUCAAUUAAAAUUGAUACUAAUCAUAACUUUUUAGGAUAACCUGGACAAUAUAUUAAAAUAUGGAAAUUCCUAAUUCAGGUGAACAGUAUAAUCUGAAAUGGAAUAAUCAUUUGGCCAAUUUUAUUCAAACUUUUAUAGAACAUCAGAAUGGAGAAUCCCUUGUUGAUGUUACCUUAUCUUGUGAAGGACAGUACAUUAAAGCACAUAAAUUGAUUUUAUCUGCGUGUAGUGACUAUUUUCAUAGUAUUUUUAAGAUUCAUAAUGUCCCACAUCCUUUUAUAUUUUUAAAUGGUGUACGAUUUGUGGACCUUAAAUGUAUUUUACAUUUUAUGUAUCAUGGAGAAGUUAAAGUCAUUGAUAAAGAUUUACCAACUGUCUUGGCUUUAGGGGAAACACUUCAAAUUAAAGGACUUUCGUCAGUAAAAUUAAGAGAUGUACCACCAGAUAAUGUUCAACCUGUUCCGCUCAUGCAACAGAAGCUACCAAAGAAAAUUCCAAGACAUACAAAAAGCAAUAACGCAUCUAACUCCCAUUUUUUACUACUGCAACCUAAUGAAGUUCCUUAUCAAAUCCCAAAUUUUAGUAAGAAAUCCAUUUAUAUUAAUAAUCCAGGUGAAUCAACAGACAAUAAUUAUACUAAAAUAAAAAGGAAAAAAUCCUGUUUAUCAAAUGGCCAAUCCAAACGAAAUAUAAUGCCUAAUGGGGAUUAUAUAUCUAAAUCUGAUAAUAAAAGUGAAGUAGCAUCUGAGGGUCCACCACUGUCAAAUAAAUCAGGGAGUGAUUCAGAAUCUGCUAAUAAAAUUGAAACUAACAGUUCACAUUCAGAACCACUACCACCAUUUAUGAUUUUUACAAACGAAUGGAAGAAAAAAUUGACCUUAGAACAUCCAGAAAAAAGUAAGAAAGAAAUAUAUGUUAAAUUGGGAAAUAUGUGGAAAAACCUAACACCGGAAGCGAAAAAUGUUUAUUAUGAAGCCGCUAAAAAAGGAAAUUAUAGCUUGAAACAUUCCAGCCAUACACCUGCAAAUGAAUCAAUAAAACGAAAAUCAGAUGUACUAAAUGAUUCUACAAAUACGACUUCCACUUUGGGCCCCACAGAAAUAGUAGAAAUUCAAGAAUCUGUUACUGACAGCGAAUAAGUUUACCCUAAUACUUUCAACAUAUUUGAAAUAAUUAUGUAUUAAUAAUGUAAAUAAUACUUUUAGAGAUAUCUACUUUAAAUUUUAGAGCAGCUGGUAUGUUAUUAAUAAAACAAUAAGUUGUUAU